AUGACUGCAAAAGGCUCGUACAAUACAAGCCUCCUCGUUCUCCUCUGCUGCACCCUGUUCAUCACCAUUGCAGAGGCAACAACAGCUACGCUCACCGACUCUACGGCCUAUGCGUCGCAACGGCCCUGCGCAAAGAAGUGCUUCUACUGGGGCUCCUCCUCACAGGGCGGCGCCGAUUUCCUCGCGAACCGGAUCGACUGCGGAGUCGAUCCCAUCGAGAAUGAAUGUAUCUGUCGCUCAGAUCUCCAGCAAACCCCCGACUCGUUCCUCCGCAAAUGCGUGACUGACAACUGGGACGCGAAUGCCAUUGACGUUUCCAGCGCCGUCAGGAUAUACGACGAUUAUUGUGCGAGUAAUGGGUACACGAGGGCGACGUCCACCGCGCAGACGACCAGGACGACUUCAUCAGACGGUCCUAGCGUCUGGGGGACGGCGUCUGCGGCCGGCGGUGCUCGGGCUGCGGCGAGGACGAGGUUGACGCAUGUGGAUGCUUUAGAGUCCACUUUUCAGGCGAGUGCUGCGAUGUCCACAAGCGAGAAGGCAUCAGAUCGGACGACCGAGUCUACAACGCAGUCGCUGCCAUCGGCAACCCAGACCACAGCAACACCGACUACCUCGUCGGGUACUGGAGAGGGGGACAAGACCAGUCAAGGCGAUGGAAACAAACUGAAGGUGGGAGACAUCGUCGGUAUAGUCGUUGGUAUUCUCGGCUUCAUCGCACCGGCCGUGGGGUCGUGGUUUUCAUACAAGACUCUCAAGCAGAGGAAACGCCUCGCCGCGAACCCUCCCUGA